CUCACCCAGCCGCCGCCCCUCCAGCCGCCUUCUCUCCCAAUACUCUCCUCUCAGCCCGGCCCCUCCCGGCCUGCGCCAGCCUGGCGCCCAGCUCUAGCGGGCAGCUUUGGGGCUGGUCUCCGCUGCCCCCGAGAGGUCCUUCUCGGUACUGCAGAGUGAGGGGGGCGAGGAGGACCAGCCACCCUCGGGAGGAUCAGUUUGGGGGAGACACCCGGUGCAGGCUAAGCGAAAAGGGGAGCACUAAGACCCAGGGAUAGUGGAGGACUGCAGCAAGAGCUGGAAGAGGAGAAGUAGGCGGUGGGGUGGGGGGGGCUGGGAGCCAUUUGGUACCUUGGUAGCAUCCGAAACAGAAUCUGCCAUAACGACAGAAAUGGCCAGCCAAUCCCAGGGUAUCCAGCAGCUCCUGCAAGCAGAGAAACGAGCGGCUGAGAAGGUGGCAGAUGCCAGGAAGAGGAAGGCCCGGCGUCUGAAGCAGGCAAAGGAAGAGGCACAGAUGGAAGUGGAGCAAUACCGGCGGGAGCGAGAGCUGGAAUUCCAGAGCAAACAGCAAGCGGCCAUGGGCUCCCAGGGAGACCUGUCCGCGGAAGUGGAGCAGGCUACCAGGCGCCAGGUGCAGGGCAUGCAGAGCUCCCAGCAGAAAAACCGAGAACGCGUCCUGGCCCAGCUCCUUGGCAUGGUCUGCGACGUCAGGCCCCAGGUCCACCCCAACUACCGGAUUGCUGCCUAGGACAAACCUAGUGCCUGACUCCUCCUCAAAAGAAAUCCCCAAAUCAGAGUCACCUCCCAUCCUAAUCCUACUCUGUUUUCCAUUCCCUAGAAAUUCGAGGAGGAUCCAAUAAUUCUCCUGUGAAAUAUAGAUACCUGCUCAGACCUGAAUCUCCUUGUUGUUUUUUAACCUUCACUGAGACCUUAUCAAUUCCCAAGUCACCCUCACCCAAUCCCCCUGUGAAAUUUGUAGCAUGAAAAAGCAGGGACGUAGAAAACACCCUAACUCCAGAGCCCGGCAGGCUUGGCUCCCGCUCCUGACCCUGCUACUAGUUGACAGGCAACCGGAACAAGCUACUUAACCUGUAGCCCCAGUGCCUCCCGGGAACAGAAUGCCCACCUUUCCGUGCUGCUGCAGUAAUCAGGAACCAUUCUCUACAGAGCCUCGCAGGUUUCUGGCAUGUAGUAGUUAUGAUUCGAUUAAUGGCAACCCCGUUAUAUUAUUACCACCCCAUGUCCACCUGCCAAAACCUAAACACAGCUGUUUCCUCACUUCUGUCUGUGACUCUAACUCUACUCAUUCGUUCUGUGACCCUAGUAAUUCUCUGAAGAAUUGGUUCUUCCCACCUCUCUUUUCUCAGAGAGCCUGCACUACCUGAAAAGAUAAAAUGAUGAUUUAAUUUAGCCCCUUUACUGUAGUUCCAGAAAGAUGGUGCAUUUUUUAGCCUCUCCUUCAUCUCUCUUAAGUUGGUCUUUCUCUUUAUUGGUUUUCUCCCAUUUCUUAUUACCCCAAAGACCUAUCAGAUGAUCGCUGCUUCCUGAGAUAUGAAGUGAAGCUUGUAACGUGUGUGCAUGGACUUCCUUUGUAACAAUAAAAACUGUCAAUAAAGUGACUAUGGG